AUGUGCGAUGUUUGCUCCGGGUUCCUGAAUCUUCUCGUUUCAUAUGAGUCGCGGCUUAAUGGCAACAAUGACACGGAACAUCCUGUGUUCCCCCAGAAGCGCGAGGUGGAAACCGUGCUCAACUACGUACAGACGUGGCCGAACCGACAGUGCAUGUGUUGCUAUAGGGAUGUGAAAAACUUCGAACGCUUCAAUCUAGUAGUGCAGGCGAUCGUCUAUUUUACGGUGUAUCAGCUGAAAAACAUCCGCAAACUGCUGGCUCAAAAUCAGCUGCAAGCUUCAGCGGCCUCGAGUGCGACGGCGGCGGCGGCGAUUCCAUCGGACCCGCCGGUGUCCACAAAAGACACGGGCAGCGAGGGAACGGAAAAUGUAGCGAACAGCAGCGAACGCACGAAGCCUACUGAUGCUCCGGUGUCGGCCCCAGAGCCGCCGGUAAACUCUGAGGAUCGCAUCAAAGAUGGAAACCACCGGGAGUCAGAAGCCACCGGCGGACCGACGGAGCCGACCGACGACGGGGCACAGGAAAGCGAUAAGCAGGUGGUGGCCACCCCGACCUCGAGCAAUCAACGCGCGGUGGACGAAGUGUGGACACUGGUGGACGUGGAAAAGUUGCUGAUACUCGUAUCGAAGGUAUUCCUGCUAAACUUCCCACUGUACGUGGCGUACAAGCACGGAGUGCAUGCCCGGCUGGACGAAGUGUCCGCGCAGGAGGUGCAAACGCUGAGCAUUUUCUGCGAUCUGCACGACAGCGAAAUACCGGCGUUCCUGCUACGCAACGUGUCCCUGUUUUGCAACUACGCCGGCUUCGACGUGAUGAUACAGUGCUUCGAUCAGCCCGGCCUCCCGGUUUCGACGGCGCACGCCAUAACGGCCACCAGCUCCAACAUCAAGCUGUGGAUCAACUACCGUUCGAUCGUCCAACUAUUCAUUCCGUUGCGCGUGAAGGUGCUACAGUACAUGUGCCGUCUGUCCGACCAGGAUCUGCGUUCACCGGCCACCAAGUCGAUGGCCGACUUCAUGUGGACCGCCAUCAAGGACCCGCUCGACUCGCAGAUCACCUUCGAUACGGAGGGGCUGGCGCUGGCGUUCAAGUACUUCACGUCGUCCACCUUGACGAUGCGCCUGGCCGGAAUGGCGCAAAUUAACGCGCACAUCAACAUGUUCAACGACAUCUGCACCUCGGAGACGGUGUCCGAGGUGGAGGCCGUCGGGCUGAAGCUGGCCAACUGGUUGACCGAGAACCAGAUCAUCUCCCACCUGUUCGGGCCCAACCUGCACGUGGAGGUCAUCAAACAGUCGCACAUCGUGCUCAACUUUCUGGCCGUCGAAAAUCAGAUCACCGAAGAGCACGUGAGCCUAAUGUGGCAGGCCGCCCAGCUGAAGCACUGCUCCAAGACGAUCUACGACAUUUUGCCGUCGCUCGUGAAAAAUCUUGCCCCUAAACCGGCGGGCCACCUGUACGCGCUGCUCUGUCGGCUCGAUCCGAAGGAGCACACCGAGCAGAGCAUCUACAUUGCGUCCGCCCUGACGAAGCUGAUCUGGAUGCGCGACUGUUCGCGCCAAACGCUGAUCGAUAUGAGCAAAUCCGUUGCCGGUGCCGGUUUCGGCUCCGAGAUCGCCGCGAACCGUGGCGACUACAACGAGCUUCCGUCGAGCUCGGAGAACAGUGUCAGCGUCGAUGGCAGCAAUAGUGACGAGGAGCAUCCCGAAGAAGAUAGCUCCGAUGUCGAGGUACCACCGCAUGCCGCAGUCACCGGGCACAAACCUGCGGCGGUGCUACUGGGCCCAUCGGACACGCGUGAAGGAGAGUCCGACACGGGAGCGCCACCCUGCAAGCAGGCCCGUCAUAAGAACUGCUGCGACGAAACGGAUGAUGGCCUAAAGGUGGAACCCGACAUCUAUGAUGUCCAUCAGCGAAUGAAGGAAAAAAUGCGAAUCCCCCUAAUGACACGAUCGAUGGCCGCGUUCAACGAGGACGGCACCAGCAGUGACGAGUGCAUCGAUGUAGACGAAACCUUUCUGCUUCGCAAAAAGCUGCGCAAAAAGCGACGAAAGAUCAGUGGCCUCACACGCAAAGAGCUUCAGGAGUUGCAGGAAAGUGUGUCCGACGUGGAGGACAGCGAUCUGCUGGCUGCCAUGCUGCCGGACAGCGACUGUAGCGAUAACAACAUGUCCGUGCUGCGCCACAUUCAGCAUCAGCAGCAGCAACAGCAGCAGCAGCAAAAUAGCAGUGGUCUGGCACUGUGUGCCGGAACUCUCGGGAUUCCCGGUAAUAGUGGCCGGGAAGCGAUGUUGGUCGGCCGAGCGAUGAGCAACAGUGUGGUCGGAAGACGGGAGCCGGGAACGGACGAGGUGGCUAGCUUCAUGGGUGCGAUGGGCGAGGGUCAUCUGAUCAAUUUUCUCAACGAGGCCGACAACGAUGGUAGCUGCUCGUCGCCGUUGAGCAACAAAUCGGAGAAAAAUAUGGCCGAUUUCGAUGACGAGGAAUCGCCGUGCGACGAAGAGCUGGCCCAGCUGGCGGCGCGGGCCGAAUCGUUGCACGCAUCGUUUCCGAUACCACGGCCCCGGUCGAUUGGGGCCGUCGUGUCAGGUCCACCGUUACGAUCGUCGGCCACCUCGGGGUUAGGCACGCUGGUGAAGCACGCGCACUCCCCGGGUUUACCGAGAAGUGUGCCCCUAAACGGUGGUGGCAAAGGUCCAAAGGGACCCUCGACCAAGACGAAGGACAUCCUGCAGGCUACGGCAGCGCUCGCUGCUUCCGCCGCAAGCGUCGGCGUUGGGGGAGCCACGCUGGGCGUGGGUUUGGGAGUCACCGUGGGCGCUCCGUAUCGAUUUCCGGACGUUUGCCACCCCGGGAACACUCUACUGUGGGAUCUACUGCAGGACGAUAAAAUUGGUCAACUGGGCGAAUCGAUUGCACUGGAAGCGGAAAAGGUGCUCGGCACGUUGCUCUGCUUUCACACCGACAAAAACAUUCGCACGCGCUUCAUCGAGGGCUGUUUGCAGAAUUUGGCCGAAAACCGGAGCGUGCUGACGAGCCUGAAGCUGCUACCGAAGCUGUUUGCAUCGUUUCAACAGUUUCGCGACGUCACGACGCACCAGGUGGUGCUGUGGUCGGAACGGCAGCAUCGGAUGAUGUACCAUUUCUUCAACAACCUCAAGUACUACACGUCGCGCGCCGGGGCCGAAGGUUGCUUUCCGGCCAAUGGUGCACCCCUCUACUCGCACGUAGCCCAGAUCCAGGUUCGGCUGCAGUUUCUUUCGUCGGUGUUCAGUGACGUCGGUUCGCCACGCAACUUCCGCCUCACGCUCAACCAGGUGGACAGUCUGUGGGCCUGUUUGGCGAAUGAUGUGGAGUGCAGCGAUUGUCUGUUUGCGUGGCUGCAGGCACAGGUGAAGGGAGUCGAUACGCACGCCCUGGGCCUGAACGCGGUGCAGCAUUUGUACUUGAAGCGGUUGGCGGAACUGAAACCGGAGGGCAUCUCCAUGAUCGCGCUCGGGUUGUUCCAGCAACUGUUUACGCUCGGCCGUGAGGAACUGUUCGGGCAGCCGGUGGAAGGCACCAACCGCGAAAGUGACACCAUCGGGAUGGAACACCUGUGGAAGAUUGCGCUGCGGGCCACCAACACGGACGUGUCGCUGGCGGCCAUUCAGUACAUCAACACGUACUACAUGGAGAAGCAGCUCAAGUUCGAGCAUCAGUUCGUGGCCCAGUGCAUGAACCACCUGUCGCAAGCGGUCGAGGAACUGAACCAGCAUUCCGACCACCACGGUGGGGCCACGACCACCGAGUACGCGCUCAUGUGCGUGCAGCGGGCGCUGAUGCUACUCAACACCCAUCUGGAGACCUUUCGCCGGCGCUACGCGUUCCACCUGCGGCGUUGGGCGCUCGAGGGCAAAGAAAUCGGUGCUCCGAGUGCCCUGCGCACCGAAGGUCCGGGACCGCCGAUACGCAUCAUACUGCAGCCGGCCGGAGUGCCCGAUAAGUCGGUGCUUCAUCUGCACGCCAGCGACCUGGUUGCCGAUCUCAAGGCCGAAAUUGCCAAAUGGUGGGAAACGCCUCCGGAAGACAAGGACGCUGCCUCCGUUGGUGGUGCGUCAGAUCAGAUCCCAACCGCUGUCCCCAACAACUGUACCCCGGCCGAAGCACGGACGACGCCCGGCUCCGCUCCGGUACUGGGUUUGCUGUUGAAUGAUGGCCCGCUACGCAUCAUAACGCAGGGCCAGGAAAUAACGUCCGAGUACGAUGAACGUAGUCUGGCCGACGUUGGCUUCAAGGACAAUCAGAUGGUGUACGUGUCGCUCGGCGGCCGGAGCGGACGACGGCGGGAGCAAACGGAGCAUCCAUCGAUGUUGCCGCCGCCACCGAAAGAUUGCCUGCCGACGUUGCUGCUCCUGCGGCCACCGUACUUUGAGCAGCUGUUCCGAUUGAUGCAGACGCUGGGUGACAUGAAGAUCAGUUCCACGGGCGAUCGCUGUCAACCGAACACCAAGGCACAGCUACUUUCGCGCCGCGUCUGGGACAUUCUGGCCAUGCUACCGACGUGUCCGUCCGUUUUGGGCACACUGAAAAACCUAUCGUUCGACCACGCAGAGGAGCCACCUCCGGAAAAUGGCCACCGUCCGAAGAUCGCGCCCCAGCUGCUGAUAUGCUACACGCUGGAAGAGAUACUCGAUCCACGGAAUUUGCAAAAGUUUAUGUACGCGCUGCAUAUCGUCGAAAGCUUGUGCAAGUCCAAGUUUGUGGGCGCCUGCUGUGGCGGUGGUGGUGGCUUGACCACUGGCCCCGUGAAGCCCGUUCCGUUCGGCGGACCCAGUGGGGGGCUAGUGGUGGGUUGCAGCAGUAGCCCUGGUACGAGCGCCAAAACACUGUCGGUCAAAAGUCAACUGAAGCUCAAGAUAUCGACCGCCAAAUCGAUGAAGAUGGCGCAAUCAACCGGUGCACGGCCGCUCGAUCCGGCCCCCGACAUGAAGCGUAUCGCCGAAGGUCCCACCGAAGCGGAGAAGGGCACCGAGUACGAUCGUGUUGAGGAAUCGUUCAAAACACCACCGCAGCAGGAAGCCCGGAUAGGAAGCGACGUUCAACAGCAGCUGGAAGGGGACACAAACGUGCACGACUCGGAACCGGUGGCCGCGGACAAGCGGGCCGAAGGGACCGGCCCCAGCGAGGCAAUCGAAUGGAGUGGCGAGUUUAUAAAGUGCGGUGGCCUUGCCCAUCUCUACCGCAUCUUCCUGUCCGGUGUGCUACAAAAGCGGGCCGAUGGUUCGGACGGUGACGAGCUGAACGAGUGGCGCCACGAUUGCCUGGCCUGGCUACUGCGGGUUCUCUGUCUGCUCGGCGUGGAAGACCUGCGGGGCGUCGAGGGCGAAGGGGUCAAAGUGCCGUCGCUCAAUCGGGCCACACUGGCGCUGCUCGAGGUACGACCAACGCUCGAGCGAAUCGCUUCGAUACUGAACGAAGAAUCGUUGCCACUCAAUCCGAACCUCUACAAGACGGGUCUGUUCGGUCGACCGCAGGUCAUCCAUUACGCCAUGAAUCUGCUCGUGUGCUAUGCACACUCCUGCCCGGAGGUGCACCGCACGCUGUGGACCAUCGACGCCAACUCGCACUGGUUGCAGCGCCUCAUACUGGACGAUCCGGAACCGGCGGUCCGGCGGGAAGCCUGCGCCGCGCUUUAUCGGCUGUGUUUGGGCAACUCGCAAACGUACUUCGAACUGAUGGCACCGCUGCUGUCGAAGCUGGUGGCCCUGUUGCCGGUGGCCGAAAACAUGAAGCCACAGAGCCUGCUGGGCGGUGGUCCAUCGACCGUGGCCGGUAUCUACGCCGCGCUGCUUUCGUCCGGCGACGAGGGCAAGGAACCGUACGGUCCGGCUUGUCGCGAUUACUUCUGGCUUCUGUGCCGCCUGGUGGAGUCACUGUCACCGCAGCCAAUGAAGGCCGGAGGUAUGAUGGCCGACCCUGGUGGUGGUGGUGGCAUGCAGCAGAUGAACGCGAUCGGGUUGGACGCGAUGUGCCAGCAGGUGGCCCGUAGCGUUCUGCACCGGGAUCACCUGGAAAGCCGGCACGGCAGCCCGGACGAUGGGCUGUUCGGGUUGCUCAAUCUGAUGGCCAACUUGCUAAAGUUUGACCCACCGUUCAAGUUCAGCCUCGCAGGCCAGGACUUUAUGGUGAGCGUGUUCAGCUGUCUGUUCGAGCUACCGUCGCCGGAGGACCGCGAGAAGCCCAAGUGCAAAAGCCACAAUGCCCGGGCGGCCGCUUACGAUCUGUUGGUCGAAAUGUGUCACAACGCACCGAAGAACUAUCUGCUGCUCCACGGCAAGCUGAUGCAGCAGCACCGAGCGGGGCCUCACUCGCCCUACCCGUGGGAUUACUGGCCCCAGGAUGAGGGGCGUUCCGAGUGCGGUUACGUUGGACUCACGAACCUCGGGGCGACCUGCUACAUGGCCUCGUGCAUUCAGCAUCUCUUCAUGACACCACAAACCCGGGACGCCAUACUGGCCAUCGCGACCGAUGCGCCGCAGAAGCAUAAGGCCACCCUGUACGAGCUGCAGCGUAUGUUCGCGUACCUGAUGGAAUCGGAACGGAAGGCGUACUGUCCGCGCUCGUUCUGCCGCGUGUACCAGAUGGACCAUCAGCCGCUGAACACGGGCGAGCAGAAGGAUAUGGCCGAGUUUUUCAUCGAUCUCGUGUCGAAGCUCGAGGAGAUGACGCCGGAGCUGAAGAACCUCGUCAAGCGCAUCUUUUGUGGUGUCAUCAGCAAUAAUGUUGUGUCCUUAGAUUGUGGUCACGUGAGCAGAACGUUGGAAGAGUUCUACACCGUCCGGUGCCAGGUGGCGGAUAUGCGCAAUCUGCACGAAUCGCUCGAUGAGGUGACGGUCAAGGACACCCUCGAGGGCGACAACAUGUACACGUGCUCACAGUGCGGCAAGAAGGUACGGGCGGAGAAGCGGGCCUGCUUCAAGAAGCUGCCGCAAAUCUUGUGCUUCAACACGAUGCGGUACACCUUCAACAUGGUCACGAUGCUGAAGGAGAAGGUGAACACACACUUCUCCUUUCCGAUGCGCCUGGACAUGUCGGGGUACGUGGAGAAAACGCUCAUGCCACAGCACUACCAGGAGGAGAAGCGCAAGUCUCAGAUGCGCCGUUCACACUCGCGCAACGUUAGCGAAUCGUCAACGACGGAGGUUCCGAUGGGCAGUAACAGCAGCAGCAGUAGUAGCAGCACCAGCAGCAGCACCACGAUGCCAGGAAACGAUGACAGUAGCAGCAGCACCGGCAGUGACAGGAAGCAGCCGCAGGAUGAUGCAACGGGGGAUAUGGCGAAGGGUGGAAGUUUGGCCGAGGAAGAGAGAAGCCCCGAAAAGACCGUGGUGAACCUGAACGAAAACGGAUCCCCGAGUAACGACGGGAGCAACGAUCUGCAGCGCCAACAGCAGACGAUGGAUGAAGAGGACUCGGAAGAUUUCAAUGAACACUACGAGUACGAUCUGGUCGGGGUCACCGUGCACACCGGCAACGCCGACGGGGGCCACUACUACAGUUUCAUCAAGGAGCGCAACGAGGACGGCGAUCCGAAUCACCAGGAGCGCUGGUUCCUGUUCAACGAUGCCGAAGUGAAGCUGUUCGAUCCGUCGCAAAUUGCCGCCGAGUGUUUCGGUGGCGAAAUGACGAGUAAAACUUAUGAUUCGGUAACGGAAAAGUAUCUAGAUUUUAGCUUCGAAAAAACAAACUCCGCCUACAUGCUGUUCUACGAGUGGCGCUCGAACAAGGGUAAGAAUGUGCAGCGCGAUCAAGUGGAUCAGCCACUGCCGGUGGCCGGCGAGAAACGAUCCAACGCACCGGUCGUCGGCUCCUUCGAUGGUUGCCACGGGUCACGAGCUGCCCAACAAGCUACUUUGCCAUCGGCGAAAAGCACUUCCAUCAACGCAUCCAUUGCCGCUUUGUCCGCCGCUACCACCAAGAGUUCCGCUACCGUUGCCAGGGGACCGUCGGACGAGGUGAUUAAGAAGCAGCGAGGUGCCGCGAAGCUGUCAUCGGUUACUUCGGUGAUGGAUGUGGCAACGGUUGUUGCACCAUGCAGUUCGGCACAAAGUGCUAAAGAAGAAAGCCCAUCGACAUCGACAUCAACGUCGUCGUCAAGCGCUUCGGUAACCAUGGCACCCAUUUUGGCCGAAGAGAAAGCGCUCCAAGACACGACGCGGCUGGGUGCAAGCUCCUCACCGACGGCAACCACCUUACCGUCGGUGGCGCGGCCAGAAGCAGUAAAACCCGAAACGAGUAGCGAACGUGAACAAGAGACUGAACAAAAUCAACAACCUAGUGAACUAGCUAAGCAAAAACAUACUAAUCUAAGUAAAUGUGAUAUAGAUAAUAAGAACGCUACUAGCACUGCUAGGAAACCUCCAUCACACCCAUCGUCAUCGCUGGCCACGGCGGUGACCACGGUAAGUCCCGUCCCGUCGAUAGCAUCGAUCGCGAGCACCGCCUCACUUUCGCCGGCCUCGACCGCUUCGACCGCGUCGGUUGCCUCGUCAAUCGCCGGACUACAUCCGCUGGUCGUCGUUCCCCCGAUAUCGUCGUCGUCGGCGGCGUCAUCGACGGCCGCCGCGUGUAUGCCGGUCAUGGGCUUCCCGGGCUCAUCGGCAUCAUCGCCGGCAGCCGCCGCCAUGCUUCACGGUGAGCCGGCACCUUCCAGCUACUCGUCGAUAUCGUCCCUAUCGGCACUAACGGCCACCGUCGGUGGUAACAUUGGUCUACCGAUGGCUGCCGUCGUUGGCCCGGCGGCAGGGCCCGCGUCACUGCACACUUCACCCCACGUUGUUGUACUGCAAUCGGCGUCACCAGGCUGCUCGAGUGGCACGGCCGUCAGUGGCAGUAGUAACGGAGGCAGCAGUAGCGGAGGUGGUUCGCUCGUGGUCAAUCGAAUCAGCAGCACCAAUAAACGGCUCCGGCGGAGACCACUUUCGAAGGAGCUUGAAGAAUGGAUUUGGCAGGACAAUCGCCACUUUCUGCAGGAUCGCAACAUCUUCGAACACACGUACUUCAACUUCAUGUGGCAAGUGUGUGGCCACAUACCUCAAAGUUUGCUGGCGCUCCCCGACAUAACGUGCAUCGCUGCGCAACUGUCCGUGUCGUUCUUCAUCGAAACGUUCAUUCACGCAAAGGAAAAGCCAACGAUGGUGCUGUGGGUCGAGCUGCUCACGAAGCAAUUCAACGCGAGCCAGGAAGCGUGCGAAUGGUUUCUCAGCCACAUGUCCGCCGAGCCAUGGUGGCCCGUUCAAGUGCUGAUACAGUGUCCGAACCAAAUGGUGCGUCAAAUGUUUCAGCGGCUCGUGAUCCAUGUCAUUCAGCGUUUGCGGCAAACCCACUGUACGCUCUAUCUGAAGGCGGAAACGGAUGUAGAUGGCAACGAAAUCAUUGGUAGUGUGUCGUGCGUUACGCGCUUUAUCAAAUCGCUCAUCAUGCUAAUGGAGCAUGGGGCCAAGGCGCACUCCAGGCAUCUGUCGGAGUUUUUCGGGCUGCUGUACGAGUUCUCUCGGAUGGGCGAAGAGGAGGCCGUCUUUCUGCUACGCAUUAACGUUAUACGCAGCGUGGCCGAUUUCUAUCUCGGCCACAAGGGCCAGGAAUGUAUCGACGCCAGCUCGGAUAACGAGGAAAACUCUUCCGAUGAAACGCUGGCCGUGGAUAAAUCGAGGCCGGCUUCGUUGGACAAGAUGAUCGCGCUCGUUGCCUCACUCGUCGAGCGUUCCCGAGGGCCGGACCUACGUUUGCACCUUUCCGCCCGUGACUACAACGCCAUCGCCGGUGGCAAAGGGUUCCCGUUUCUGUACCAGCAGAUCAAGGACAACAUUAACCCGCACCAGACCCGCCAUCUCAUUCACGCACUGUGCCGCUGUGACGAACGGUUGGCCAGUCAGAUCAUAGCAAUGCUGUUCACCGCCGUUACCAAGCACACGGAACUGUGCGGACCGUUCUUCAAGCUGCUUACGCUGCUCACGGAAUCGUCCGGCGGUCCAUCCGGGUUGCCGUGCUUCUCGCAGCUCGUGUUGCAGCGCGUCUGGGAUGCGGCCGAAUACUGUCCCCAGUCGGCGCUCGACUGGUUGGCCGUGCAGGCGCCCCGCAAUAAGAUCGCUCACACCUGGAUUCUGCAGUCGGCCGAGAGCUGGGUGGAAACGUUUCUCCUAGCGCACGGCAACGCACGGGUGCGCAAUGCCGCCGCCUACCUGCUCGUGUCCCUAGUGCCUUCGCAAAGCUUCCGCAACAAUUACCGUGCCACCUCGCACCACAAGCUCUCGAUACACGUGUUCCAGCAUCGGGAGAUCUCCUGCGAAGCGCAGAUUAUACUGCACACUAUUCUCAACCUGCUGCUGCUGUUGCUGCGCGCGGCCCGCAAUUACACGGACAUUAGCGUCCACGGAACGACCAAGCUGACCGCCUACUUUAAUCUGUUGACCUACUGCUUGGUGUCGAAAACGGAGAAGCUUAUGGUGGGACCACAUUUACGGGCGCUCUGGGAACUGUUUCACCCGCGGCUGUCCGAGCCCGCGGUACCGGCCCAUCACAACAAGCAGGCUUUGCUAGCGUUCUGGUACCAAGCAACGCAGGACUGCCCAGAAAAUGCCAGCCUCGUCGCGAACUGCCCAGACAUUACGAGGAACAUCGCAUUUAAUUACAUUCUAGCGGACCAUGACGAUACGGAAAUAGUAACGUACAAUCGGGCGAUGCUGCCGGUUUACUAUGGUCUGCUACGGAUGUGCUGCCAGCAAAGUCGCCUGUUGACCCGCCAGCUAGCCGCGCACCAAAACUUGCAGUGGGCGUUCAAGAACAUCACGCCCCACCCGACGCAGUAUCCGCUGGCGGUGGAUGAGCUGUUCCGGCUGAUGAACCUUUUCGCGCAGCGGCAACCGGACGCAACCGAAGCCGAGCAGCGCGAGGUAACCAUGUUUCGGCGGACCACACUGACCGCCUACCUGAGUGGGCUGGAUGCGCGCGUUUCGUGGGGAACGCUGAUAGCCGCGCUACGGAUGCUGGUCGACAACGACGAAGAUCGGAUGUACGUCGUGGUGAACGGUGGCAUCACGCUUUGCUUCGACGCACUGCACACGCUGCACUCGAUGUACCACGAAGCGACGGCCUGUCACGUGUUUGGCGAUCUCCAGGAGCUGCUGACGGAGGUGAUCCUGUUGGUGAGCACACUGCGCAUCAAUUGCCGUGACCAGAAGAAACGGAUGUCACCGAACCUGCUGAAGGGGCUGCCGGAUGCGAUCCGUCGGUUGGCAACGCUCCUGAACACGUUCAAUCCACCGGAAAUGCGUAAUCUCGCGCUGGAGGUACUGAAGGAGCUGGUCAAGUGUGCUCCGGCGGACAUUGUCACUACCGUGUUGGUUCCGCUGCUAACCAACUGUCACGCCCCGCACGUCCACCACCUGGUGCAGCAGGCAGCAGGCAACACGGCGGCGGGGCCGGCGGCCCAUCUCGCCGCGUCCGUUGGCCCACUGGGGUCGUACUUCCCGCGGCGGGGUGUCAAAGCGGCCUGGCCGCCGGUUUCGAAGAAUACACCCCGCCCGCCGCGGCCAAUGGUGCAGAUGAACAUUCCACAGUCACAGAUCUGCGAAAAGGGGCUGGAUAAGGAUUUCGAUCUGGCGUUGGAACUGUUCUACCGUCCCUACCAUGAGUUUCUGGACAUUCUGUUCCGGGUGGCGGUCACGUCGAACUACUUUAGCGAACCGUUCGUCCAUUUAUCGCUGCUGGCCGGCAUCGAGGCGGUCGUGUUACACUUUAACAUUUUCCCCAAGUUUUGGGUUGGCAUCUACAACAAUAAAACUACACACAGAUACUAUGAAAUGCUGAUCAAAAAUCCGCUGCUCAUCGACUACAUCGACAAUGUGCUGAGGGACGAACGAUUGUCGCUGAACGAUCCGAUUAUAGCGAACCUCAUCGAGAUCUACUAUCCGAAGAUAAAGUCACGCCUCGUAGUUCCCCGGCUGCUGGAGUCCAUCUGUCAGCUGCUGCCGGACAAGGGCAACCUGGAGGACAUUUGCGGAGACUUGCAGGCCAUCCGUAUCAUAGGUCAGCGCACCGGAAUCCCGAACAGUGUAAAGGGGCCGCUACAACACUCACUGAAUACGGUGCUGGCAAAGUUCAAGGACGAAAUUUACAGUGACGAGGAAACGCCGCCCAAAAAACGAAAAGUCACCGUGCCACACAUCACGAUUCACCCGGUUGUACGGUCGGAGGGUGACAGCGAGUGUUCGGGGGUCCCCUCGUCAGCAUCACAGUCUGCUAAAGGACUAAAGGAACCGAUUUUACCGUCGAUCGAAAUCACCGUGCAGUGCAACAAGCAGCAGCAGCAACAGAGUGCCGCAAGUGACGAGAUCAGUGGCCCGAGCACGAUCAAACCUUCAACCGAUCGAGCGAUCGGUGAUCCAAUCGGUGAGACAUCGUCGACCAAGGACUUCGUAGGGGGCCCGAAGGCGGAGGAAGGCAAAAAGUGCGAACACGACACGACGCCGCCGACGCCCUCGGUGCAAAUUAAGGAGCAGUCCGGAUCGGUGGACAAUAGUGAUAGCAGCAAACUGGUGCCACAAGGAGAAGCGUCGGUGCCGAGCGUCAAGGAGACACUCGGUACCGAUGUAGUAGCCGUCGGCCCUCCGGUUCCAUCGGGUGCCACCGCUGCAGACCAGCAGCAGAAGCAGCAAAAACAGCAGCAACACUAUUUACGAAACUUGGUCAAAGACAUCGAAAGUCAUAUCGAACUCAUAUUCGAGUGCUUGGAUGAUGAGGACGAACACGGUGAUGCUGUCGGGCGGGAAACGGAAAAGACGUGCAACCAGCGUGCCGAAGAUGACAGCUCCGUCGCCUGCUCGGAUCAACAGCUUUUUGCAAAGACUACCAAAACGGCUGCGUCUCCUGCGAUCCUCGAUCAGCAUCCCGGUUCCAACGAAAAGGUUGUCUCAUCGGCCGAGAACACCGGUGAACGCGAGCAAUCCGGCGCCGGUCAAAGUUGGCUUACGUCCUGCAACGAAGAGCAACCGUACGGAAGUCCGAAAAAGAUGAAAAAACUACCUUCGACAGACGAGCCGAAGCUUGCGAAGACGAACGAAGGAGGCGACGCUGAUGGCGGCGGUAGCAGUACUGUCGACGAACCAUCAGCAGCAGACGGCGGCGGCGGCGGCGAUUGUCGUGCGGUGUAUGCGUUGCAUGAGAAACAACCACAGACUGAAGCAGCAGCUACUGCGAUCGAAGGAAACCCGUAGUGACGAAAAGCAAGGCCAAGGGUUCUUUGAUACAUGGAUGAUCGCAUCAGGCGAGGCGUUGGGUUUUUGGUAACGGGAGUCACAGAUUAGUUUCAAAAACGAAUUAUACAAACACAGUAGCGCAGGGAGGCGACAUUUUAACCCACAUUUUCUCCUUUUUCUGUCUAAUAAUAUGCUUUUCAGUUGCGACGGCCAACGAAAUAAUUUCUCUACCACCGUGAUUACUUUCGAUUAUCGUCAUUAUUAAUAUUAUUAUCAUU